UCUUCUGGUGUUCUUGUGUUUAAUGUAGGAAUAUUGAACAAUACUGUUUCAUUGUCAGCUUAUUCUUGGAGUUAUGACUGUCAAAUAUCAAGGUUACGCUACCAGGUGGAUGUUUUUGUCUGUUUUUCUAUUUUCUUAUUCAUCUUUAAUGGGAUAAUAUGUGUUCUUCUUUUUUUUAGAUUUAUAAAAUAAUUUCCUUUGGAUUAUCUUUUGAUGUACUUUGCGUACAAAACAAAACAUGCGGACAAUACUUGUUACGGAGUUUCGUUUUGUGUUAUACGUAACCUUGACGGAAGGAAUAUACAGUAUAAGUACAUGCUAGCCUAGGGCUUCAUUUUCCAGACCAUGUUUGAAGCAGUCGUCGAAAUGGCGACAAACAUAACAACACCUAGCAGUGAACAGAUCGAGCCAAGUGCAUUAGCCGUUUUUGGAGGCUGGUUUACAUCUAUACACGGAUAUUCAAGCCUAACUGUGUGUUUAUUUGGAAUACCAACCAAUCUCAUCAAUAUAACAGUAUUAUCGCGGAAGGAUAUGCGUAACCCAACAAACGCCCUACUUUGUUGGUUGGCAGUGGCAGACUUGUUGACUAUGGUUUCUUACGUACCUUUUGUGAUUCACUUUUAUUGUGCCUUUGACCCUUACGACUUUUCCCCAGAAAAGUUUACAUUUCCCUGGGCAGUAUACAUGCUCUUUCUCAUAAACUUUGUUGCAACUACUCAUACAAUAUCGAAUUGGUUAGGUGUCUCAUUGGCCGUGUUCAGAUUUGUUCAGUUACGCUCUACUACAAAAGGUGCUGUCGCAAAAAGACGACUGUAUAGCACAAUACAGAAAGUGAUUGCAGGGAUAUACGUAUGUUCAUGUCUUGUGCUAGUACCAAAUUAUAUGACGAACAAAAUUGUUGAAUAUUCGGACUUCGAAACAAACAAAACCGCGUACUUCAUUAAUGACAUAAAACUGGGGACAAACGAUACCAAACCAAUUGUUUUAGUCAACGUGUUAACAUAUUCAAUUUUGACAAAGAUUGUACCUUGCAUUUUGAUGACAGUUUUCAGCGGAAGCUUGAUAAUAAGCCUCAACCUUAGUGGCCGCCAAAGACGUCGACGUCUUUCUGUAACAUCCAACAACGUUCGACGCGAAAGUAGACAGGCAAAAACUACGCGAAUGUUGCUUGUUGUGAUUAUCCUGUUUUUGUUGACUGAAUUUCCGCACGGAUUGUUAAUUCUAAUCAGUGCAGUCGUGCCAAACUUUUACAACAGCGUCUAUUCACCUCUCGGUGAUCUAAUGGACCUCGUUGCUUUGGUUAACAACGCUAUAAACUUCCUCCUGUACUGUAUCAUGAGUACACAGUUUAGAACAAAGUUCUUGCAAAUGUACUUCAAUAAACAGUCGACAUUCAAAGACAUGGAAAGGACACAACUUACAACAUCCUUAAGAACAACAAUUACUACACACUGAAAACAUGACAUCAAAAUCACUUCCAAUCCCGUCAGUUCAACUUAAACAUUUUUACUAUAUUAUUAUUGACUGAAACAAAAGCUUAUAGUACUGUUAUUAUAUCCGAUAUUGUACAUAGCAUUCUAUCAAGUGAAUAUUCCUCCAUGAAACUUUAAAGUAAUGUAUUAUUGAAACCAUAUCCAUUGACGUAUCAUUCCAUGUUACAAAUUUGUUAUUGUUAUGCUGUUAAACAUGUUUGAAUGGUGUUUGGUAAUGAUUAUAGUACAAUAUGCUAAUUGUUCACAAAAUAAA